AUGAGGGAACAUUCAGAGGCGGCUCUAUCAAACAGUACUCUCAUUGGCAUUAUCGUCGGAAGCUUCGCUUUGCUAUUAGUUGGAAUUAUCACUGCAGUACUCCACACUCAAUCAAAACAUACUGGCCCAGGAAAUCGUCAAUCUGAAACCCCCAUGGGUGCUUUUGCGAGCAAAAUUGGCUGGUUAUCCAAACCUCAAGACCCCACUACUGACCGUUCCAUGAACUCAUCACCUUCAGCUUAUCCAGGAGAGUUGGAUUUUGUUUCUCAUUCGGUGUAUCACUUGCCUGACAUCCCUCGCUUUUCCACUCCCUCUUCCAUUUCACACGCGGUAACCCAAGCAUUUCGUAGCAGCCAAAUGGCCCCCGCACCACGUCCUGAGCAUAGGCCCAAACAAAGUGUCACAAUUCCUCAACGACCGCGCUGGUCAAGGUGGUUCGGAAGACAACCAACCGAGGAGUCAUCAUUUUCUAUCAAUUCAUCCUUCUCAGCCCGUGAAAGUCCCUUGACCAACGUGGAGCCAAUUGAUCACGGACGCCAUGGCCGGAUCUCCCUUUCAAGUUUCCCAGAUCCGCCGCUCCAGUACUCAAACGCAAAUGUCUACACGUCGCAUCUCACAUCAGCUUCACAACCCACCACCCCUUCCGAGAUUCAUAUGCAUGGCGGCGGAAAUCCAAGAUCUCCAGGACCAAACUCCGGCGUCAUUUUGUCGGGCACGAACAGCGCCCCCGAGUCCCCUCAAAUCGCCAGGCCAUCAUCCACGUAUGCCCAAGCUUUCCCCAGGUUACCUACGAGUCCAACGGGCCAAUCGGCUGAGUAUUACGAAGAAGUCAUGUCGCCAGGAAGCAGAGCAAGAGUAGUGUCGAACUCCACAUCUAGGCAACAUAGAUCCAUGCACGCGGAAAUUUCAGUGCUUCAACUAGAAAAUCAAUCAUUGGCUCAACCUAGUGCUACAUGCAGCUCGAAAUUUAGAGCGAGUAGGCAGCCCUGCAUCAAUCCGAUAGUUGAGUAG